AUGGCUGUAUUGAAAUGGUUGAGCAUUUGCCUGACUCUGUUCUGCCAAGGCACUGCAGCAUCAACACCUUGCAACUGGACGCAGUUUAGGUUGGGGAAGCUGAACGACCUGAGCAUAGACCUGCUCUCAGAUAUGGGUGGACUCUUUCCACUUAAGUGUGUAGAAGAAAACGUCGAACUGUUUCCAGAGGAUGUUUACAAGAACACAGAGGGUGAGGACGUCUCUGUGGUUGCAUUAGAGGCUAUGCGAUAUGUGGACCAAUUAUAUAACAACAGUCUGACGCCUGUCACGUGGAACAAAACAGAACUUAAUCGGUUCCAAAACGUCAUAUAUCGUCAAGUUCAUAACUUAGAGUUAUGUGUCGUAGGUGGUGGUUGGAAAUCCUCUGGAGAUGGAGGGUCGGUUACUCUGAAAACAUAUUUCAACAAGCUGAACACCGUCUUGAAAGACAAGGAACACAGCGCAUGCGCAUGGGAGAUUGUGCGAAAGGAGAUUCGCGAAAACUUGGUGCAGUUCAAGAAAUUCAUUGACAGCAGAGUCAAGCCGUGA